UUACAUGGGAAGGACGUCGUUUAAGGAAUUUUGAUGAGGAAAAAGACUCAAAUAUAUAAGCAUCAUGCCUUCAGAUGACGAUACUGAUAAAAUAGUGAAAGAGGAAUUGAGUUUGGAUGAGUCAGAUAUUCCACACAACAGGACAAUGGUUCAGGGCUGUACUGAGAAAUCAGGGGAAGGAAACUCUGCCAACAAGCGUAGUCCAAAGUCAAUGUUCUCUAUCAAUAAUCUUACCCAUCAUAGAAUGCACAGAUCUGCUGUUCGACCAUUCUUCUGCUGUGGUAGCCAAAUAUCACUUAACAGCAUCACAGACUUUGUUGACCAAGCUUGUGAAAAAGAAGAUAGUGUUUUGACAGACCUGUCAGAUUCAGAUGAAAUGGUAGAUUUAAUGUCAGACAUGAGUGUUGAAAGGAACUUGUCAAAAAAAUCUUCAACAAGACGUAUUUCAAAUUCAAGAAGGAAAAAAUGUGAUAUGCAAGACAAAAAUAUGAGAAAAAAGUUUUGGACAAUUAAAUUCAGAGGAAAAUUAAUAUCGAAAAGCUCAAGGUUAAAUACCACUGACCAGGAAUUAGUGCAAGGGGCCAAAUCCAAUGAAAGUAUCAUGUGUACCUCAUAUAGGAGGACUUUAGAGAGUUCAAAAGGGGAGAUCACUUUCGAAGAGAUAGAACCAUCAUCUGCAGACACUUUAAGUUUGUCAGAAGAUGAUUACAGAUCAGGUAGUCAUGUUGGUGGAGCUGAAGGUGGUUUCAUUCCAGAAAGUCUUAUAACAGAGAAUCUUGUAUCUGAGGGACUGAUGUCUGAUACAAGCCGGGUCCCCCGUGGCAGAACUCAAAGGUUCAGUGCCCCAGACCUGCAACGGACCACCUCUGAAGUAUUUGUGAUGUUUAGGCCCCUAAACUCUAUCAACUUUGAUGAAUUGUACCCAACAGAGGAUGUGGAUGAGAGAAGGAUUGCUGAGAGAGCGAGGGAAAUGAAGGAGGGGAUAGAACUGAGGCAAAACAUCUUGGUCCCACAGUUUUCUGCGAGUGAGGGAAGUGGGAGUAGUCCUACACGUAUUCAUUUAGUCCAAGCACCCCCAUCACCAACACCAACUGUCCCACGCGUUCCACUUCUAGGUCGUCACUAUGGUGCUCACUCUCAAGUAGACUAUAUGCAUUGCCUGGUGCCAGACAUCCUUCAGAUCACCAAGUGCAGCUUCUACUGGGGAGUCAUGGACCGUUAUCAAGCUGAAAAGCUGCUGGAGAACAAACCUGAAGGGACAUUUCUACUUCGUGAUAGUGCACAGGAGGAAUUCCUGUUCUCAGUAAGCUUUAGGCGAUAUGGACGGUCCCUCCAUGCUAGAAUUGAACAAUGGAAUCACAAAUUCAGUUUUGAUUCUCAUGACCCUGGUGUGUUUGCUUCUGAUACAGUUUGUGGUCUUAUUGAACACUACAAAGAUCCAAGCUGCUGUAUGUUCUUUGAGCCCAUGCUAACUUCCCCUUUACACAGGAACUUCACAUUCUCACUCCAGCACAUGUGUCGGUCUAGCAUCUGUGACAAUACCACAUAUGAUGGAGUACAUGCCCUGCCCCUUCCCAGAUCUCUCAAAGAAUAUCUCAUGUACUACCAUUACAAACAAAAGGUUCGUGUGCGUCGGUUUGAUAUGGCGUCUUAGCCAAUGUUUACCAGGACAGCAAGUGGGUGAAAAGAUCACACUUGAUAUUCAAUAUUUGAACUAUUUUUAAGUUAUUUGUCCAUAUGUGUUUAUAUACUCUAUUUUUCUUUAAAAGUGGAAACCAUAUGCUAUGAACGUUUUUGCAGUUUCCACAAUCUCUGUAUCAGCAUGACUGUAGGCAUAUUAACUUUGCCAUAUGAAACAAUAAAACGAAUAUUUCAGCAACAUUGCCAACACAGAAAAUUUCUAUACCACUGUUAGACUAACCAUUGUACAUACCAGGUAAUAUUAAGGGUUUUCCAUGAAAGCCGGUCGCCGGCCAAUUUGACCGGCUACUUUGAUCAUUUGGCCACCUACACCAAUCCCGUUCUGUAAUAAUGUUCCGUACACGACUACACGUGCAUGGCAGGCCAGCCUCCUACUUUCACUACACAGCUUACUACUAACAAAAUUAUGGAAAACCCUGAAUAUUUGAAAAUCCUACUGCACAUGUACAUGUAUAUUGUUGGUUUGUUUACCUUGUGAUAUAUUCUGUAAACCAUUAAAUGCAAUAGGAAUCUCUUUAGAAAGUUGACAUAUGUGUACUUCAUUCUUUUUAUGCUAAUAUCUGUAAAUUAUCAGAGGUUGUAUGUCUAUAUAUAUGCCAGUAUUAGUUGUAUAGCAAAAUGGACCCUGGUUUUUUUAAUGUUCCUAAAAUUCCAAAGAACAGUACAUACAUAAUUACAACUUCAAAAACACAAUUGUAAUGAAAAAUGUUUGAUAAAUAUAUCAGGUCCUGAUUAAAUGAGGGAAUACUGGUGAAUAUGGGAUUUGGGUUUUCUCAGAAAUUUAAGGGUUAUGAUUGGGAUAGGUUCUGACAAAAAAAACUUUAACUUUUGAUUGGUUCAAGACUUGACCUUUGAUCUUGACCAAUCACCAGACUGAUAUCUGAAACUUGAGGAUUAAAUAACCCUAUAUGUAAUUUGGUACAUCUGUUCAAUUUUAAUUACUUUAUCACAUAGAUCAAAAAUUUGUAUGUAACUGGUACUAGCUUUUGUAAUAGUUCCAAGAACUAGAAGCUUGUGCCGUAUAUACACAGCAUUUCUGAUUCUGCAAGAGCAUAUAUCCUACAGGUGCAAAAGAAGAUAAAGCACAGAGAACACCCAGAACCAAACUCUGAAAUUCUAAGAUAAAAAAUGAAGUUAAUACAGAAUUUUCUUAAGAAAUUGAUAACAUAUUUCAAUCUGAGGAAGUUGUAGGUUGACAUCAUCACUUAGAUAUUGGCAUUUAAGAUAAUGGCUUGGUUCUAUCAACUUUCACUUGGUAGCAAGAUUAAAAUUGUUUUAUUGUAUUAAUAAUUUUUUUUUCUCUUUGUAAGUUUUCAAUUUUUGUGGUUGAAAUAGCAUUUUACAUUGGUAUGUACAUGUUUGAUUACGAGUGUCUGUGGGGGUUAAUAGAAAUACUCAAUGUAAUCACAAAUGUAAUGUCAUUACCAAACAAAGCAAACUUGGGCAAUAGUAAUGGAUUUUAUUUUGCAAAAAGUCACUGAUAGCCGUUUUUGAACUCCAAAAUGUGAAUGGGAGAAUAGUAAAUGUGUGUUACAUGAAACAAAUUACUUGUAGGUGUUAACUUUGGAUCAGACACCUGAGAUAUCUUCAGGAUUUUAAUAUUGCAGUAACAAAGAAAAUAAAUUGUUGUAAUAUAAAUUUUGAUUAACCCUGGUGUGUUUGCUUCUGAUAAACUUUGUAGUCUUAUUGAACACUGCAUAGAUCCAAGCUGCUGUAUGUUCUUUGAGCCCAUGCUAACUUCCCCUUUACACAGGAACUUCACAUUCUCACUCCAGCACAUGUUGGUCUAGCAUCUGUGACAAUACCACAUAUGAUGGAGUACAUGCCCUGCCCCUUCCCAGAUCUCUCAAAGAAUAUCUUGCGUAUCGUUCACUGAAUUAAUGUCUUAAAAUGUGCUUGACAUUUGCAUGGUUUAUGCUGAAAUUAACUGGUGUGUGUAAACAUUAUAUUUGAUGUAAUCAGUUUAGCCGACAGUAAUUUCUGAUUCACUGGCAACACAUCACUUUUUGUGUAAAUUCUGGAAACCAUGUAAGGAAAAUGUCCUGAAAUAAGUUGGCCAUAUCAGGCUUAGCAGCUUUGAUAUCUGAUUUUAUGAUUUAUUUCAAUGCUGAUGUGACUGUUACAGGGUAUGUGCACAUAUAUAUUACUGUUGACUAUAAAUCACUUUUAUUGUAAUACUUAACACUGGGUUGUUCAUUAGUUUUUGUCUGGUGCUGUCUCUGUCUCUGUCUUUUUAUCCUCUGCAUUUAAGAAACGUCUGCUUGGCUAUUUUCACAAAGAAUUGGUUUGCAAUCUCAGAUUUGAAGAUACAUUGUUACACAUGUAUUCAUUGUUACACUUCAUACAUUGGUGUACAUUUGUGAUCUGAUCAAUCUGAAAAAAACUCUUACCUAUGGUUUGAUUACUGAUUUGUAUUUGCUUAAUAAAUUGAUCUUCAGUGAUAUUUUAAAAUGAUGAUAAAAAUUGUCAACACAGUUACUUGUAAGUUAUAUAGGUUAGUAAAUGUAUGUAUCUAAAAUGCAUGAAAAAAUUGGCUAUGAUUUUACAUGUAUAUAGAAAUGGCCUGAGGAAUAAGCCAGUUAAGACAAAGUGCAUGAUUUACAACAUUUGGCUCUCAUGUUGAUUGUUAUAAUGUAGAUAUAUUAUUUAUUACCAUACAGCAAACUUAAUUAUUGAUAGACACUUACAAUUUUGUUGGUGGUGCAAUACAUUGGUGCUUUUGAAUAUGGUCUGAUCAAGGUUCUUUAUUUGUGCAAUAUCAUGUGAAAUGUAUGUGGUGAGCUGCCAUAUUUGUUGAAAAUAUGAUAAAUAUAUAUAUAUAUAUGUUAUAUCAGCUGAUGUCACCAUAGUUCAAGCACUACAUUGUAUGGUUGUACCUUGUUCACAAAACUGUUACUGUAGCUGUCUGCAGGUAGCUAUUUUCUCUUUAUGUUAAAAAAUAAAUAUUUCAUUUGAAAGAAAAAAAUAAUCUAUGUUACUCCUCUCAAAAAUGCCAUCUACAGGAUCAUGACACUCAUUUAACUUAUUUGACUAAAAAUAUUUAAAAUUCGAUAUUGAUAUUGAGCUAUUCAGAUCCAAAAACAAAUGACAAAAAUGUACAUUUUGACAAAACAAGUACUUAGAAGGCUUAUUCAGAAAUCCACUUGCCAUACUAGCCAUACCUAUACAUGCUGUCCAUGUAUAUGUAUGACAAGGUUGCAAUGCUGAAAUUUUCCAAAUUGUGAUAAAACAAUGAAAUAAUCAAAAGAAAUUAUGGGUGCAACUGAUGAAUUUUUGUUACGCUUAACAACAAACAUUGAAAUAUUGUUUCAAGUUCAACUAGGAUUCCUAUGAUUUAAGUUAGGAAGUCAGUGUGAUGAAAUUGCAUGAAUAUAGAUUAUUGAACACUAUUUAUUUCAAAAUGGAUACCCUUUGAGUGAAUCAUAGCAAUACUGUUCUCGAAGAGGAACAUCAUGUUUAAGCUGGUUGUUUAAUGAUUCAAAUGCCAAGCAUUUGUGCAUGUUGAUCCUUUUUAAUCCAUUUGUUAUUUAUGUCUUAAAUGUGUAUUUAUCUCUAAGAACAAAUUGUUGUACAUGUUGAUGAAAAUAUUAAAUAUCAGCAAUGACAAAAAUAUACAA